AAUCUAUCCAUUCCCUCUACAAUAUGAUGACAAAUCACCCCAACUUCUCAACAAAAUCCUCACUGAAAACGUUAACUAAUAGUCAAAAAUUUACUAUACUUCUCCCUAACAUCGUAGAAGACAUCGCACUCUAAAAUGAAAUGAAGUGUUUUUCUACUUUCCCGAAUGUCCAAAACAUAUAGUAGUUCUUAAUUGCCAAUAACACUGCCUGAUCGAUGGAUGAUAGCUGAGGUGACAACUCGAAAGCUUACUUUCAGGGGUAGAAGUGAACUGAAAGCCGAGGAUGACUUCUCUGUUUUCAAGCUAAAAGAAAAACACAAACAAAUACCAAUCAUAUGAUACAUCCAGCUGAAAUUUUCUAUGAAAGCCUCGAAGUUCUUGAUCACCAUUCUGAAUCGUCCUCCGUUUCUUUUAUCUCAACUAGCCUUGUCAAACAAGAGAUUGGUAAACACCAGAAUCACUUUUUCUUCAUCGGAAGAGGAAAGCGAUGGUAAUGGGCGAGAAAAGAUACCGUUGGAAGCCUCGGCCUCGGCUUACCGCGCAGCCAUAUAUCACAUCUGUACCAUCGUUCGGUCGGACUCCGUGUACAUGGAACGUUCUCUCCAAAACCUCAAUUUGAAGCUCACAUCUGAACUCGUAUGGCGCGUCCUCAAAGAUUGCGCUGCCCACGGAAAAGAAGCCUAUCGCUUCUUCAACUGGGCGCGGCACCAGACCUCCUAUGAUCCCACUACUAUAGAAUUCGAGGAAAUGAUUCAAAUUCUCGGCCGCACCGAGAAUUGGGAUCCAAUGUGGAAAACCCUAAACGAAAUGCGGCGUGGGGGCUAUGCUCUGACGGAUAAAACCUUUGCGCUAAUGAUUGAAAGCUAUGGAAAAGCGCGCCUUGUAAACCGCGCGGUCGAGGUGUUUAACCGCAUGAAAAGUACCUUCAAUCGCCCGCAGACGACGCCGGUUUAUAACGCUCUUCUCCGUGCUCUUUGUGAGGCUCGGAAUCAUCAGGGAGGCUAUGCUUUAAUUCGCAGAAUGAUCCGCAAGGGUUCAAAGCCAGAUACUGAAACUUACAGUAUUUUAGUGAAUUCGUGGUGUCGUGAAGGCAAAUUGCAGGAAGCACAGGAGUUCCUAGAAGAAAUGAGUAUCAUGGGACAUAAUCCUACUGCAGCCAGCCGUGAUCUUUUAGUUAAUGGCCUGUUAACAGCUGGGAAUCUGGACAUGGCCAAGGAGUUUGUGAGAAAAAUGACAGAUGACGGUUUUGUGCCAAAUUUGCAGACUUUUAAUACAUUCUUGGAAUCUUUAUCCAAUGCUGGGGAAAUAGACCUUUGUGUUCAUCUGAUGAGUGUUUCUGCGAAAUUAGGGCUAUGUCCAGACUCCAAUACCUAUAGGAUCAUGAUAAGGGGGACAUCUAGGGCUGGAAAUAUUGCUGAGGCUUUCAGGAUUUUGCACAGCUCAAUGGAAGAUGGCCACAAGCCAUUUCCUGGCCUUUAUGCUCCAAUUAUUAAGGCAUUGUGUAAGAAAGGGCAGUUUGCAGAAGCAUAUAGUUUGUUUAGUGAUAUGAAGAAGAAAGGGCAUCCUCCAAACAAGCCUAUUUAUAUUAUGCUUAUACGGUUACAUUGCCGGGCUGGCAGGUAUCUGGAAGCUGCAAAUUUUCUGGUUGAGAUGACUGAGCUCAAUUUUGUUCCAAGACCUCAGAACUUUGAUAUGGUUACCAAGGGUUUGAAGACUAUAGGCAAGUAUGAUCUGGCUGAAAAAAUAGACCUCUUAGAGUUAUCAGUCUAUGGAAUGUGAUGAUCACACAGAGUAACUGUAGUGGUUUUUUGUAGUGAGGUGACAUGUUUUUGCUCUAUACUGGAAAUUUUAUUCACAGCUGAGCUUCAAACUUGCUAACAAGAGCAAAAGCAUUUAGCGGUAGCUUGGUCUGCCUGAAUCAAAAAAAAAAUUGAUGAAUACUUUGGAGGCUGCAAAUUGGAUAGCUCGGCAAUGUGCAGCAUUAUAUGACUUGUGCUGCAAGAAUUGCAAUGCCCCCGAUUCAAAUUGGCUAGGCGGUGAGAAACUCUCUGAUGCAUAUUGUUACUGUUCUGAUGCAGUGCUUGCAGCAGUGUCUCUGUGCUUUCACUUGGUAAUUAAAAAUUGAGUCACUGCUGCCAAUCUACUUGCUUGUUCUGUCUACGCUUCUCUUCUUGUCACUGCACUAUUACUGUAUUAGUGAUAUUUGUGGUUGAUUCUGUUGUUUUGAGCCACAAUACGGCUGUUAUUUUCUGUUGUACCAAUUAUAGCAACACUUUGGGGGCAUGGAGUUAACUAUUUGGUAAAUGAGUGUGUUUUAUGUUUUUCCUACUUAAAGAAUAGAAUUUUUUGAACA